CUAGCUAGCUCCGGACUCCGGAGGGCUUGGAGAUCAUGGGGGCGACGACGACGGUGAUGGCUGCCUCGCCGUUCCCGACGGUGGAGAAGUGCUCCUCUAACGACCGAUCGGGCGACACGGUGGUGGCGGACCUGGACGGCACGCUGCUGUGCGGCGCGAGCUCCUUCCCGUACUUCGCGCACAUGGCGUUCGAGACCGGCGGCGUGCUGCGGCUGCUGCUGCUCAUCGCGCUGGCGCCGCUCGCGGGCCUCCUCUACUACCUGGUGUCCGAGCCGGCGGGCAUCCAGGUGCUCAUCUUCGCGUCCAUGGCGGGGGCCAGGGUCGCGGACAUCGAGGCCGUGGCGCGAGCGGUGCUGCCCAAGUUCUACUGCGCCGACUUGCACCCGGAGUCGUGGCGCGUGUUCUCGGCGUGCGGCCGCCGGUGCGUGCUCACCGCGAACCCGCGGAUCAUGGUGGAGGCGUUCCUCAAGGAGUACAUCGGCACGGACAUUGUCGUCGGCACGGAGCUCGUCGUGUGGCGAGGCCGCGCGACGGGGAUGGUGCGCUCGCCCGGCGUCCUGGUCGGCGAGCAGAAGGCGGACGCGCUCCGGAGGGUGUUCGGCGACGACGCCGCGCCCGAGGUCGGCCUGGGCGACAGGAAGACGGACUACCCGUUCAUGAGGCUGUGCAAGGAGGGCUACGUGGUGCCGGCCGCGCCCAAGCUGAGGCCCGUGCCACGCGAGGACCUGCCGAAGCCGGUGGUCUUCCACGACGGCCGGCUCGUGCAGAAGCCGUCCCCGGCGCUCGCGCUGCUCACCGUGCUCUGGAUCCCGAUCGGGUUCCUGCUCGCGUGCCUGCGCAUCGCCGCGGGCGCGCUCCUGCCGAUGCGCGUGGUGUACCACGCGUUCCGCGCCCUCGGUGUCCGCGUCAUCAUCAAGGGCAACCCUCCGCCGCCGGCCAGCCGCGAGACGGGCCAGACCGGCGUGCUCUUCAUCUGCUCCCACCGCACCCUCCUCGACCCCAUCUUCCUCUCCACCGCCCUCGGCCGCCCCAUCACCGCCGUCACCUACUCGGUCUCGCGACUGUCGGAAAUCCUGUCACCUAUCCGCACGGUGCGCCUGACCCGUGACCGCGCGGCGGACGCGGCAAUGAUCCGGCGCCUCCUGACCGAGGGCGACCUGGUGAUCUGCCCCGAGGGGACGACGUGCCGCGAGCCGUUCCUGCUCCGUUUCUCGGCGCUGUUCGCGGAGCUGACGGACGAGAUCGUGCCGGUGGCCAUGGAGAACCAGAUGAGCAUGUUCCACGGGACAACGGCGCGCGGGUGGAAGGGGUUGGACCCCUUCUACUUCUUCAUGAACCCGAGCCCCGGGUACGUGGUCACGUUCCUCAACAAGCUCCCAGCCGAGCUCACCUGCAGCGGCGGCAAGAGCAGCCACGAGGUGGCCAACUACAUCCAGCGGCUCAUCGCGUCCACGCUGUCCUACGAGUGCACCAGCUUCACCCGCAAGGACAAGUACAAGGCGCUCGCCGGCAACGAUGGCACCGUCGUGUCCAAGCCCAACAUCGACAAAAACAAGGCCAUGGGCUGCUAGCGUAGCACACGUACUGUGGUUUGUGGUGGAAGCCUAAUGGGCCUCGGAUUAAAAGGCCAAUAAGCUGCAUCGUACGCAGGCUUCCGUGCUACAUGUUUUCGCACGUAGCAGAUGCGUGCGUCUGUAAUUGUUUUUUUUUUCUGAACCGGAGGGAGGGAGGGUUUUAUUAAAACUUCUAUUC